AUGUCUCCAGCUACUAGUGCAAACAGAGGGGAUUCGUCUUCGGAGUCCAUUGAUACAGAUAUAAUUACGCUCUCACGGUUCAUUUUGGAAUCACAGCGGGCUUCUGCGAAGAACGCGACGGGAGAGUUUAAUUUAUUACUCAAUUCAUUGUCGUUUGCAUUUAAGUUCAUAUCGCAGACUAUUAGACGGGCCGAGUUGGUGAAUCUGAUAGGGCUUGCAGGCGCGUCGAAUGCUACAGGCGAUGAGCAAAAGAAGUUAGAUGUGCUUGGGGACGAAAUAUUCUUAAAUGCGAUGAAGGCUAGUGGGAAUGUGAAGGUGCUUGUGUCAGAGGAGCAGGAAGAUUUGAUUGUUUUCCCGGAGACGGGGGGCACUUAUGCUGUUUGUUGUGAUCCAAUUGAUGGCUCGUCUAAUUUGGAUGCAGGUGUAUCUGUGGGGACGAUUGUUUCUAUAUUUAAAUUGACACCUGAUUCCAGCGGGACUAUUAAGGAUGUGCUCCGUUGUGGACGUGAGAUUGUGGCAGCAUGUUAUGCGAUGUAUGGUGCCUCAACACACGUGAUGUUGACUACUGGCAAUGGCGUCAAUGGGUUUACGUUGGAUACCAAUUUGGGUGAGUUUAUUCUUACUUACCGUGAUUUGAGGAUGCCUGAUUCGAAGAACAUUUAUUCGAUUAACGAGGGGAAUAGUGUGUAUUGGGUGGAGGCGAUCCGUGGAUUCAUUGAGUCGUUGAAGAAGUGUGAAAAGCCUUACUCAGCGCGGUACAUUGGGUCAAUGGUGGGAGAUGUGCACCGUACUUUGUUAUACGGCGGGCUGUUCUCUUACCCGUGCGACAGGAAGAAUCCUUGCGGUAAAUUGAGGCUACUAUACGAAGCAUUCCCCAUGGCUUAUCUGAUCGAACAAGCGGGAGGGAAAGCCGUUAACGACAAAGGCGAGCGUAUUCUUGAUCUGACUCCCGAGCACAUUCAUGACAAAACCUCAAUUUGGCUAGGUUCCACAAAGGAAGUUAAUAAGUACCUGGAGCACAUUGGCAAGUUGUGA